UGGCGCGCUUAAAUCGCGCUGCCACGGUUGUAAACAAAGAGCAGGCAAAAAUUGCCGACAGUACGAGAAUUAUGUUUUAUAAUUGUUGCAAGAAGUAAGCUGUACUAUUACGUUGUAGUUGAGUAAAUGAAGUAUUUUUUACAAUCAUGAAUGGUGACUACUGAAACGUGAUCAAUUAGUUGCGUGUCGAUACAUUGGCUAAAGUAACCUAACCUAGAAGCAGAUGAGAGUAUCUGAAAGGGAUUGUUUUGCAAGUUAAUUAAAUUUUGAUUUUGGUGCUCAUUGGUAUUUUAAAUUGAAGGAUUUUUAGAUUGAAGGAAUAAUUUCUUAAACAACAAAACAUGUCUAAGAGUAAAAACAGCAUAGGCAACAACAAGGGAUAUAGCAGUGCGUCUUCUUACACAUCUUCGUCAUUAUCAUCAGACGACGAAGAGAUUGAUGCAAGAGAUUUAAAACCAAUUAGGGAUUAUAUAUCUGAUCGUAAAGAAUUAGCCCGACAGCUUUUUAAAUCUGUCAAACCGGAAAAGAUUCGUCUUAUGCUACCGCAGGCUCUUAAACAAAUGGAGUUAAGUGAACUCGAGGAAUGGUGUGGGAGUGAGUUAAAUGGCAUGUCUAAAGCUCGAAUAUUAUCUAUAAUAAAUGACAAACCUAUGUUGGAAUCCUCAGAUACAAGCGAAUAUUCUGAUGAUUCAGGACCUUCAUUAGAAAUCAUUUCUGAUACGGAGGAGUGGUUAACCGAUGACGAUACGUCCAAAAAGGAGAGCGGUGGGAAAGGAAAGUUAAAAAAGGACAAAACAAAAGUUAAAGGAAAAGCACAAGUUAAUAAGAAAAAUAAGUUAAAUACGUCUAAUGUUAAAUUAAAAUCUAACAUUAAAAGCGAAAAUAAUGAUAAAACUGAAGAUGUUCAAAUUAAAAAGGAAGACGAUAAAGAUAGCAAGGGAAAAGAAGGUGACAGCUUAUUAGACUUAUUAGAGCUAGAAAUGCGGGCUCGCGCAAUAAGAGCCUUGAUAAGAAAAGAGGAAGAUGUAGUUCUUGUUAAUCCGUCGGAAACAAAUGACAGUCAAGCAACGGAAAAUAAAAUUGGGACAGCUCAAGAUGACAAAGCGAAGGAGGACUGUCGCAAGCAAUUGGAAAGAAUUAUCGGUUCUCAGCAAAGUAGUAAAGGCGAAGACGAAGAUGUUGUUUUAGUAAUUCCUCAACCGGCUCCAGUUGUCGAGUUAUUGUCUAGCGAUAGUGACAGGGAAGAAGCGCAAGAAAAUCAAGAGUUGAAAAACGAUCGCGCGUCGAAAGCUGGAAAAUCCGCGAGCAAUUCGGAUGAAAAUUCUAUCAAAACCAGCUCUCAAGAUUCGAAGGAGAGAAAAGGAACUCAAGAAAUAAUAGAGAUACAUAGUAACACAAAUACCGCAAGUAGAACACAUUUAACUAAUACAAGCGAAGUGAUAAUGCCCGACAGGAACGUAGAUAUAAAAAACAAUAUAUUAUCAAUAUCGAUUUCUGCGAAUAAUGUUGCCGAGCGGCGAAAAAAGUCGAAGAAAAAGUCACGUGAAAGAUUACAACUUGCCUCUACUAUUACAAACUCUUCAGAAUCAAAACAGAUUAAUAUCACUGAUUCUGAGAAGUCAAAUAAUAAACCUAUUAAGGUUAAAUUGAAAAUAAACCCUUCUGACGAAGGAAACGAAAUUAUCGUUGCGAAAGAAGAUGAGAUAAAAGAGAAAGUAGGAGAAGAGAGCAAAGUCGAAGAGGAGAGAUCGACAGAUAUAGAUGAUAUUGAUUUAGAUGAUUACUGUGAAGUCAUGGAUAUAGUAAACAGCGAUGACGAUAAAAGUCAAGAUAAAAUUACCGUCUCUUCUCAGCAAGAAAAUGAACAGUCUGUAUUCGAAACCACUUUGCCAAAAUCGAACUCAACGGAAACUUGGGCCUCGCGUUAUUAUCAGACUGAUGACGUUCAAAAUGUAAUAAAAGAAUCGAAGAUACAGUCUGAGAUUCGGAAACGUUUGAGGGAACGUCAGAGAUUAUCCAAGCUGAGUAAAUCGCCGAAUUCAAAUUUAUCUGCACAGCCAUCGACAUCUGAUACAGCUGUUACGUUUGAAAAGGCUCCAACAGGAUCGGUGGAGGAAUAUUUGGCUUUGAAGCGUGCAUUAAAUGCAAAUAUUAGUAACAUUAAUACUACCACGCAAGUACAAUGUAAUAGUACCAGUAAUAUUAAUAAUAAUACUGUGCAAGAUAAUCCUGCAGUUAGUAAUUCUAACAGUGAUAUUGAAGCAAAAGAAAUUUUAGAGCAAGAUACAAAUAUUUCUUCCCGUCAAGAAUGCACAGAUAAUGACGCACAAAAAGUUGUAAUUUCUGAAGAUGUUGCCAAACCAGAAGAAAUAGUUGAUACAAGAAAUGAUACACAACCUAAUUAAUCCAUUAAAAUUUUAUUGAUUUAACAAGUGCAUUUUUAAAUAGACAUUUUCCAAAAAUUAUACGGACAAAUGUAUAUUGCUAUAUAUAUUAUAUAAAAUAUUUGAGAACAAUAGAAUGUUUAGAUACAUAAAAUUUUUGGUUUAUUAUACAGUUACUAUUAACUUUGCCUUAUAAUAUAAUAAGAGUCAUUAUUUAUAUUUGCAAAAGGUGUCGAUAUUUUAUAAAAUUCUUGGCAUAAUA